ACUAUACCCCUGAAAUUAAUUAGCAACAUCGACACCGCAUCAUACUUAUCUCGUUAACGCGCACACACACAGACUGCAUAUCUACAUUACAGUUAUAGAUCCCGGAAGCUAAGCCAACAAAUCGUUGAUUUCGUAACUCAUGUGUGCAUGCAUGGUCAUGUGUGAUGACGCGACGUCAAGGUUGGUUCUAUUCUCAUGUUUUUAAUACAUCUUCUUGUCAUUUACAUGGAGACGUUGCCUUUGUAAAAGUUUACACUACAUACAUGCAGUGCAUCUAGUCAUCAGUAUUAAUGGACGAACCCAAAGACGUCUCAAUUUAAAAUUGACACCUACAAGACAGCAUGUGCCGUCGAGUGUAGCGAGUGGUAAAAACACAAGUCAUUAAUCUGUAAACGGAUCAUGUAGCCCUGCUUCUGGUACGCGGAGGAUUACAUGUAAUUGCGCACAAAAUCAGUGCAUGCAUGGACUGACAACGAGCGGUGUCGUCUUUCCUGAUCCGAGUCGUCCGGUAACGUCCCCCACGGCAGGUUGCAUUGAGAUGUCAUCCUCACCCACUCGUCAUCAAUUAUUCAUCAUCGCUCCGUCUCGGGUUUAAAACAGUGUCGGAGUAUACAGGAGGAGCGCAUCCCGGCGGGGGAGAGUUUACGCAAGGCUUGCCGAGGAGGACGGUGCUUGGACGCUCCGCUGCAUCCAUAAUUGAGGAGAGGGGAGUCCACCGACGCACAGCUGUGCGGCGCUUCGACAAACAGUCAUUUCACGCUCACAGGAGCAGGUAAAACAAAUCGCUCUCCAAACACACACGCACAGUCGCACAGAGACAUGCGCAGUGUCUCUGGUUGUUUCGAUCUGGUACACUGCUACCCAUCUAUGCAGGAGGUUUGAUUUGAUUUUCGACUUGGGGAAACAUUCAAUGGCAACAACUCUCUCUCUCUCCCUCCCUCUCUCACUCUCGCUCUCCCUGGCUUUAUUACAUUUCCCCAAGAGAGAGAAUAUACCCGUGGUAGAACAUGCAUCAUAUUCCAUUUUGAUUUGAUACAAUAAAGAACUUGCCUGGAUCCUUGCACGAGAUAUCAAUACUCACAGCCAUUCAUCAUACUGUGGAUUGUGAUCAGUCUUGCUGGUAUUCUUCUAGGACACCAGAGAGAUUUCAAACAUAUGGUCGUAACCAAACGGUUAUAUAUAUCUCUCCAGGAUUUAACAAAUUGAUUUCAUUCUAGCUGGCUGCUUGCCGGUGAACAUCAUCAUGGCUUUUCUUCAGAUGAUUCUCCCAUUUCUAUUAUGUACCUUCCUCAUCCCAGCGUAUCUCACCGAAGAAUCGUCGGCGCAAAAAUGGAACUACUGCGUCGUUGGGGCGGGUCCCUCCGGCUUGCAGAUGGGGUUCUUCUUGGAGAGGGCGGGGCGCAAUUAUGUCAUUUUUGAGAAGGCAAACAUGAGCGGGUCAUUUUUCAACACCUACCCCCGCCAUCGGAAGCUGAUCAGCAUCAACAAGAGACACACAGGAAAGACGAACAAAGAGUUCAAUAUGAGACAUGACUGGAAUUCUCUUCUCAGUGACGAUGAAAGUUUACUCAUGAAGCACUACUCCAAGGAGUUCUUCCCUGAUGCAGACACCUACGUCAAGUACCUGAAUGAUUACACAACCAAACUUGGCCUCAAUGUCCAGUAUAACACCGAGAUCUCGGAUAUAGCACGACACGAACCGCCCAACCUGAGUGGGCAGUACUUCACUAUGCAAGACCAACAUGGCAACGGCUACCAGUGCAGAGUCAUGGUCAUUAGUACAGGGAUGCACAAACCCAACAUUCCCACCUUCCAGGGCCAGGAGUACACGGAAGGCUACGAGGACAUGUCCCUGGACCGCGAUGACUUUGAGGGAAAGAGCGUCCUCAUCCUCGGGCGGGGCAACUCCGCCUUUGAGACGGCAGACCACAUCAUCGGCUCGACCAAUGUCAUCCACGUCAUGGGGAGAUCAAGGGUCAAAAUGGCGUGGGAGACGCACUAUGUGGGUGAUCUGAGAGCUAUCAACAAUGGGUUACUGGACACCUAUCAGCUCAAGUCUCUGGACGGUCUGUUAGAGGCGGACAUGGUGGAACUCUCCCUGGUCAAGCGGUCAGAUGGCCGCCUUCAGCUUAUCCCCCAGGAUGGGGAUCUCACGAUUGCAGACAAGCUUGUGAUCGAUAACUUUGCGUUACGACACCCUUAUGACAAAGUGAUCCGGUGCCUUGGUUUUACUUUUGAUUUCUCAAUAUUUGAAAAUUCUACAGCACCCCAACCAGGGUCGAAGAAACGGACCAAGAAGUACCCGUUCGUAAAGGCCAAUUACGAGGCUGCAGGGAUCAGAGGGAUGUUCUUUGCAGGAACCAACACUCAUUCUAUCGACUUCAAGAAGUCAGCCGGAGGGUUCAUCCACGGAUUUCGAUAUACAACCCGAGUGUUACAUCAUCUGCUGGAGUGGCGAUACCACAGCGUCCCCUGGCCCUCAAUAAGACUGCCGAUGAUGGAGCUCUUAGAUCGCGUGGUCAGACGAUUAAACGAGGCGUCGGGGCUCUAUCAGAUGUUCUAUGUCUUGUCUGAUGUCAUACUGCUUCAUAAGGAUACCAUGGAGUUUGAAUAUCUGGAGGAAUUCCCAACUCUUAUGUUGCCAUGGUUACAAAAAGCAUCGGGUCACAACCAUACAGAAGUACUGGUGCUGAUCAUGGAGUAUGGCAAAAACUUUUCAGGCGCUGGCAAGGACGUCUUCAGAUCCGACAGGGCGGUGGGAGAGCCGGAAGAUGCCCACCUCUCCAACUUCCUUCAUCCGGUCAUCUACCACUACAAGACCAUCCCGACCCUGGAAGAGAUGAACGGCCGGUCAAAACACGAGACCAUCCCCAAACCGGAUUCCAUCCAUCAUUUCGUUGAGGACUUCCUGACCGACUGGACGGCGCCUACAAGCCACAUCCUGGUAUUCCGUCGUUUCCUGGAGAGCGUGAUGGGGACGGACAUGCGCUACUUCUUUGACCAGCAGUGUUUCCAGCUGGCCCUGACCCACACCGAGCUACCGCUGUCCUGCCAGCACUACUGGGAGAACGGUCAAGGGCUGCCCGCUACUCAGACCAUGCUGGACAGCACGGCCCACAUGACGUGGUUCUGAGUGGACACAAAGACAUGGGCCCCGUUUCGCAAAACUUGUCAUCAGUGGCAAACGACAGUCUGUGUUAUAAGCUACUGAAAUCCUUGCUUCUGAUUGGUUAUCAGCAGAUCU